AUGGCUAGUACCGUUCCAGCAUCUAAAACGCAGUCGCAUACAUUUUUUCAAAUUGGUCUAGCCGUAGCAAAACAGCUUGUGUCCGGCGUUUCAGGUUUCGCUUCUAAUUCAAAGAGGAAGCUCCGCCGUUGGACUGCAUGUUAUGGCUAUAGAGAUCAUGAACCUGUUAUACAUCUCCAAAACGACAUGACGAUGAUGAUUGGUGGUGUUUAUGAGCCAGACAACGGUGAGCCGAGCAUGCUGCUGAGUGGGGAUCAGAGACGUGGUCCGUUGUGGCAGAAGAACAUUCUCAUGGGUGGAAAAUGCCAGCUUCCAGAUUUCUCAGGUGUUAUAUUGUAUGAUUCUGAAGGACUUGUUGUUCCUCCUGCCAAGAACUCUCUUCCUCUGCUCACCUGGAAGUAACCAAGCAAAAGAAAGAAGAUACAUCCUCACCUUAUUGUCCGUUAUUACCCAUUUGUUUGUUUGUAUCUCUAUUUCUUGGAAUAUAAUGUAUUGUAUUGUUUAUGAAAUUUAUGUAUUGUGUGAAGCUCUUGCUGAACGAACA